GAAUACUCUGGUACAAGUAUUACAGAGUCAUAUGUUUCUCGUACGAAAGUAGUGUGAGACGGUACUGUCAAAUCCAGUGUCAUUCAGUAUUAUUCAUAAACGGGUAUAGUUUCAUUAAAAGAACGCAGCGAGUUCUAACUUUCGAAUGAUUUUCAUUUUAUCGUUAAAUCAUUUUUUGAUAUUCAUACUUUCCCAUGACAAUUCGUUUUAUUACACUUCGAAGGAUAAGUCCUAAACUAACAAGUUCUAACCUUAUUCUGACAAAUUAUUUAUACGCAAAUUUGUCCUUCAAAUGAUACAUUAAUAUUUUCUCAUUGGGGUAAAGUUCAAAGUUUAUAAAAACUAUCGGAAUAUUCUUCAUGUUCAUUUAUUCUUGAAAUUACUGUAUAUAACAAGAAAGAUUAGCAAAGAAAAUUAAGGAUUGCCGAAGACUCGCAUUAAGUUAUAGCAUAUAUGGUAAGAAUGAAUAAAAAACCUAACAGUGCAACAGCUCGCUUAAAGCAGGAUUACUUACGUCUUAAAAAGGAUCCUGUCCCAUAUGUUUUGGCAGAACCGGUACCUUCUAAUAUAUUAGAAUGGCACUAUGUAGUUAAAGGACCAGAAAAGACACCGUACGAAGGAGGAUUUUAUCACGGAAAGCUUGUAUUUCCUGGAGAAUUUCCAUUCCAACCUCCUAGCAUUUAUAUGACUACUCCAAACGGUCGAUUUAAAGUUAAUACAAAACUUUGUUUAUCAAACACCGAUUUUCAUCCUGAUACAUGGAAUCCUGCUUGGAGUGUAUCUACUAUUCUUACAGGAUUGCUUAGUUUUAUGAUUGAAAAGAGCCCGACUUUCGGCAGUAUUACUACAACAGAUUAUGAAAAAAGAGAGUUAGCAAUGCAAAGUUUGGAAUAUAAUCUACGCGACAAAAUGUUUUGCGAAUUAUUUCCAGAAACGGUUGAAGUUAUAAAAGCGGAAUUAGAACGCAGAAAAGAAUUAGAGAAACAAGCAAGGCAUCAGUCUACCGCUUCAGAAGUUUCUUCCUUAAUACGAGAUCAACUACAUAGAGAACAAAGUCCGUUACAUGGUGCGAUUACUAAUCUCGUAGUUUUGGUUGGUUUUGCAGCAUUUGCUUUCAUAGUAAAAUAUGUAUUGAGGAGCAUUGCCACAGAAUAUAGUAAAAGUGAGUAAAUCAGGUUUCAAAGAAUUCUGUAAGAAAAGAAGGUAGGAAGAUGACCACAUGCAUCUUACUUAAGGCUUCUCAAAACUUUGAUAUUUUGUAUGAAUAAUACUGAAUCUUAGAACAUAAGAAGAAUUUUAUUUAUAUCAUUUUUUCCUACUUUGGUUUGCGUUCGCACUUUUUCCAAAUAAUUUUGUAAAGCUUGUAACAAAGUGCAAACUAAUAUUCUGACUGCCUAAUAUCUUUACAUAUAAUGCCUUUAUAUAACUUGUUGUUACAUGAAGAUACGUUAUUAUUCAUACUACCAAAUAUAAAUUAUUUUUGAAUAUAUACAUUUAUAUUUGCGAUGAUUCUACGAUUGAAAAUAGUGAAGCCUUAAGGGGGGAAAAGAAAGAAUAAAUAAAUAAAAAGGAAAGAAAAAGACAAAAAAAAAGAGAAUUUAUCGAAAAAUGUAAGCUACAUUGACUUGCCUAUUGAUCUAUGCCGAAUUUGUGUGGAAAUCUUUAUUCACUUUGAUCAAUAUGUUAGUAAUGAACAUUUAAUAGAUUUUUAUAUCAAGGGUAAUUGUAAGAUGCAAGUUGUACUAUAAUUCCUAAUUUUAAUGAUGAUGAUUGCAGUUAGCUGCAAUGAUAGUCUUUCUACCUUAACAAUUACCACUCUUGAUAUAGGUAUGAAAUCAUUUUGCAUAUACUUAGAAUAUGAAAUAUCAUUAAUCGUUGCGAUUUCGCAACUUUUAAUGAACAUUCAAAUUUUCAUUCUAAUGUUAUUAUUUAAACUUCCAAAGGAUAGCUGUUGAUGAACUAGAUAUAAUCGUAAUUCUUUUCGAAACGAUAUAAUUAAAAUCAUUCGAAUCGUAGAGAUUUAUUAUUCAUGAAUUCUUAAAAAAUUUUUUUUUAAAAUAAUCCAUGCUCUUUUCUCCAACUCUUCGUCGUGAAAACUUUUUGCAAAAAAAUUUUAUUUGUUUGUUAAUGCUGAUUUCGUUGAAUUCGUUCGUUUUAAUUAUCAUUGAAUUUAGGUGUACAUUUGGAAUUUUAUAUAAUUAAGUAAAUGCACAAAUUUAAUUGAACAAGUGAUCUUUGCCUCUUCGAUGUGCCAAUAUAGAACGGAUUAUAUAUUUUACGAACGUAUUAAUCAACUACACAUUUGAUUCAUUCAAUUAUUAGAAACGAAAUGUAAAUAUAACUUAUAUUAGAUCGAUGAGGAGAUAAUUGAUAGAGGCAAAGUCGAUUCAUUUUGUUUUCAUAUUAUAUUUAUUAUCAUUAUUAAUAUAAUAAUUUCUUCCACUUAACAAGAGUAAAGUAUAAUCUAAUCUAUCGCUUUAAUCAAAUAUUAUCUAUCUAUCUUCCUUCAAAAUCCAUGAAUUUAUAUAGAAACAUUUUUCUGCUAUAGUUUCGAAUAUGUGAUUUUGCUAAUAAUGUAUAUCUAUAUCGUCGUUACUAUUACGUAUGUAAAUUUUGUAGUUAUAUACUUUUUUCUCUCUCUCCAUAUAAGGCACACUUCGUUGAUAAGACUUAUUUCAGCUGUACACAAAACCGUUCAAAUUUGAUUAGAUUCAUAUCCAAAGAUAAUCAAUGCUGCUUUCUCUCUGUUUAAAUAUAGAUACAGAUUUCUAAUGAAAUUAAAUCCCUCAUUCAAAAUUGUACCGUCGAACUUUGUAAUCUUUGGAAAUCACACAUUAAAAACACAUAACAUCAAUAAAUUUCUAUCGAAAAUAUUUAAACGAACGUCGUAAGAUCGUUGAAUCGAUGAAAUAGGAUUGAUUUUCUAAAGAACAUCAAAAAUAAGAUAAUCUACGUAGAAUUGACGAUAAUAAUAUUAUAUGAUAAAGGGUAAAACAAACGAUAGCAGAAAAAAAGAAAGGAAAGGAAAAAAUACGUCUAUGUAAUAAUAUAAACGAGCCAAUAUAAAAUAGCACAGAAAUAUUUUCAAACAUAUCAACAAAAAAAUAAAAAAAAUGAAAAAAAAAGAAAGAAAGGAAAAAGAAAAAGAAUGAUGAUUUAAUUAUAAAUCUAAUUCGUGCACGUUCGUGAGAAUGUUAAGGCAUUCUCUAAUAUAGAAAAUAAAAAGUAAGAAAGAAAUGAAAUAGAAUAAAAUUAGAUAAAAUAGAAAUAUCGAUAUCGUGAUUAGAAUGAUAUAUAUAUAUAACAAAAAAAUUGGAUCAUUUAAUUUGACUUGAUAAAAUGUUUACAUCGAGUUUAACCGAUCUAAAAUAUAUAAAGAGUAAGACACGGUAUUCUUGGAGACAGUGUAUGGUGUUUGUAACGAUAAACUGUUAGUUUUCUCUGAAUGCUUCGUUGUCCAAGUGCUCUCGGGAGGAAGGACACAUCCUGUGAACCAGCUUUAGUUUUCUUGUCUGUCCCUUGUAACCAUCUUAUAAGUAAAAAAAAAAAAAAAAAAAAAAAAAAGAAAAAAAGAACAAAAAAGAAAAAAAAAACCUUAGCUUUUGCUGUUCUUUAUACUCUUUUCUUCUUUUUUUUUCUUAUUUCUUUUUUUUCCUAUUUCUUUUUCUCUUCAUCCUAAAUUUUCUUACUUUUCUUUCCUUUCCUUUUCUUUUCUUUUCUUUGUUUUUUUUCCUCAUUUAUCAAAUCUGUCCGAUACUUUUAAUCUAAAAGAAGAAAAGAAAUUACGAUAAUUUUCUAAAUACUAAUGUACAAUUUAAUAUAAAAACAAAAAGAGAAAAAAUAAAUAAUGUAAAAACAAUUAAAUAAUUCGACGCAUUUCACGUUUCAGUUAUAUGAUUUAUUAAAAAAGAACGUGUACUUAAUAGUCAAAACAAUGAAAUAAUGUGUACGUGCAUGUGUAUAUGCGUGUGUGCGUGUGUAUGUAUGUAUGUAUGUAUGUACGUAUGAAAAUCUGUUAUCACUAUUACCCUUUAUAGUAGUUUUCGAUUAGCUUCCUAUAUUAAUUAGAUUAGACGUAAGCGUGCCUUUAAGAUCAAUUAAGAAAUUUUUAACCAAGGAGCUUAAAAUUUCCUUUAUAAUAAUAGUAAUAAUAAUAAUAACAAAAUAAAUGUUCUCUCCGUCAUCGUAGAUCGUGAGUUUCGCGGUUGUACGUAGAUCAUACAUAGAAGCUCCUUAUAUAAUCGACAUUUUCACCGAUAAACCAAUAUAUGUACAAAAAUCUUAUUACUAAGAUGUUCGAAGAAAAUUCUGUACAGGGACAUAUUAAACAGACUGUUUACAUUUUUUUCUGUUACCGAAUAAAAUACAUGCGUUUCCAUUUGUC